GACGACAAUGUCGAUAUGGUCUACACGCCCGAUCUUUCAUCACGCUCUGAGGGCGGAGCCCGGCGGAAACAACUGUCUCCGCAGGAGACGCUAAGAAGCUUCUGGGAUCAAUUCUAUACCAAAAGUCCCGGGAAAGUCUAUACCGUGCUGCCCGAUAACCCGUAUGCGCGCACCAAAGCCGCCGCCAUCCCCAGUGGCGUGGUGCAAGGGCAGGAAGCUGGGAAAUCUUACGAGCAGGUCCGGAGGGAAUGCGAGCGCGCUGUGGACCGCAUUGCUAGGGAGUGCGAACGGUUGAAUCAGAAGUAUACCGACCCUCACUUUGAUAUCGAGGUCGAUCUCAAGAAUGAUCGAAAUGAUUGCUUGUAUGGACUGGAUGAGAAGAAUUUUGUCAUGCGACCCCGUGGUGUCAAGAGAGUCACUGAAAUUUUCGACAAUCCGCAGUUUUAUGUCAAUGGGCCGACGGCGUCGGACGUACGCCAGGGCCGCGACGGGGACUGUUGGUUUAUGGCAGCACUGUGCACAAUGGGCAACAAGGAAGGUCUCAUUGAGAAGAUAUGCGUCGCCCGGAACGAAAGGGUCGGGGUUUAUGGGUUUGUCUUUUACCGAGAUGGCGAGUGGCAGCAGUGCCUCAUCGACGAUAAGCUCUAUCUACGAUCAGCAGACUACGACGAAUCGAUAGAUGAGCGACAUGUGUGGGAUGACAUCAAUCGGUCCGACGCCGAGGAAGAGUACCGAAAGGUUUUCCAGACAGGCUCACGUGCGCUCUACUUCGCUCGUUGCGCGGAUGAGAAUGAAACAUGGCUUCCUUUACUGGAGAAAGCAUAUGCCAAAGCCCAUGGCGAUUACUCCGCCAUUGAAGGGGGGUUUGUAGGGGAAGCUAUCGAAGAUCUGACAGGUGGUGUUACUUCCGACAUAUUGUCCAGUAACAUCCUUGACAAGGACCGGUUCUGGAGGGAAGAUCUUAUGAAAGUCAACAAGGAUUUUCUUUUUGGCUGUGGUACGGGUCUGUAUGCCAAUUGGCUCGACCCCAAAUACAAGGGUCCCCCGAGAGACCGAAAAGGCAUAUCCGAGAACCACUCGUACUCGAUCAUGGAGGCUAAGGAGAUUGACGGCCAACGUCUGCUUCGAUUGAGGAACCCCUGGGGCAAAAAAGAGUGGACCGGCGCAUGGAGCGAUGGCUCGGAGCAGUGGACACCCCAGUGGAUGGAAAAGCUGGGCCAUAAAUUUGGGAACGACGGAUUCUUCUGGAUCUCGUACAACGAUCUCUUGAAGAAGUACCAGCAUUUCGAUCGUACUCGACUAUUCGACAGUCACUGGACUGUUGUUCAGCAAUGGACUACGCUGAAUGUGCCGUGGUCCGCCGAUUACCUUGCCACUAAGUUCUUGAUGACCGUGACCAAAGGCGGUCCCCAGGUUAUCGUUCUGUCCCAGUUGGACCCUCGGUACUUCAAAGGCCUCAGAGGCGAAUACGACUUCCUCCUCAAGUUCCGCAUCCAGAAAGAGGACGAAGACAACUACAUCGUUCGCAGCCACAGCAGCUACCUGAUGAGCCGAUCCGUCAACACCGAAGUCAACCUCGAACCCGGCCGUUACCACAUCCUCAUGAAAAUCACAGCCUACCGGUACCACGACAUAGAGUCAACCGAAGAAGUCGUCAGCCGGAUGGCACCCAAGCGGCGGGAGAAGCUCGUCCAGAUCGGGCUUUCGUACGACCUCGCCCACGCCAAGGGCCUCCUCGUCGAGACAGACCACGAGCGACAAACCCGCGAAGAAAUAGAAGAGCGGCGCAAACACGCCGAGCGAAAAAAGCUGCGCGCGGAUACCAAAAAGCGGCUCGAACGGGAAUGGAUCCGCUCGCGCAAGAUGCACGCCCGCAAAAAGCGCACAGCAGAGCGCCUCGAACGUCUCGCUGCAUCCAAGCCCAGUCCCAGUGCCCAAAGCCACCCCGGCGAGCAGAUCCUCCCCGACGGCGGCCCCGUGCAGUCCCCGGCCGACCUCAACGGCAAUUUCAGCCCCGACCUAGGCGGGCGCGAAAAGGCCCCCAACAGCAUCCCCUCCAUCCCCACCGUCCGCUUCAACGGCAUCGACACGCACGGACACCGACACCCGCGGAGAAUCGAAACCCUCCGGUCCAGUAUAGACACAACAUACUCCAACUACCGGUCCUCGUUCCAGUACCACCAAGACGAGCGGGAGCUCCUCGAGGGGUUCGAGUUCGACUCGGACCUGGACAUGCCCUGCGAGGAACCUUCCGCCCCCACCGCAGGACCGAAAACCUCCGCCGCCUUGUCGACCAGCACCCGGUACAUGGACGACGAGUGCAUCACCGACCCGUGGAAUGCCGUCUGCGUGAUCGGUCUGCGCGUCUACUCCAAGGACCCGCAGCUGUCUCUCCAGGUUGUUAGGCCCAUGCCUGAAGAUGAGGUCGAGGCUACCCUGGAUAUGGAUGACCCUGCUGCGAGUGCGACUUCUGAGAAGGGGGCGCUGGGCCGGAUGUUGCGGUCUGUGGCGUAUCUUUCAGACUAGGUUUGCUUUCUUUUCUUCUUUCUUUUCUCUCUUCUUGUGCUUCAUUGCUAUUAGCAUACUAGCAUCUUUCAAGCGACUAUCCUCCUGCAGGAACAAACGGGCAAAAUAAUAGAUAAAGUACGCAAGUAUAGUUGAUUUUUAGUUUGGAUAAUUUCGGCAGUGGAUAUCUAU